AUGGCUGAUGUUGAUUACCAUACAAAAUCCAAUACUACUACCACCCCAUCAGUAUUAAAGCUCUUUGGCAUCAACAUUCACAAAUCCACAAAAGACACUGAAAAUGAAGAAGAUGGUUUGAAUAAUCAAUAUUCUCCAACAAGGUCUUAUGCCAGAAAAUUAUAUGAGUGCCAAUACUGUUUCAGAGAAUUCACCAAUUCACAGGCAUUAGGAGGACACCAAAACGCACACAAGAAAGAAAGACAACUUUUGAAACGUGCUCAAAUGCAAGCUGCUCGUGGCUUUGUUAUUGCUUCAUCACAUUCAAAUCUCCACCAUACAACCAUAUCAGGGUUCUCACCACCGUCUCAGCCACCUUCAUCGUGGCUAUACACGACGCAUGCAGGUAGCCCAACCCAUUCAGGAGCAUUUGUAACUAAUGCUGGAAGAGGUUUCUAUGCUGCAGCUGGUGGUCGCUUAGGAGGAUCUGUAACUGUCACAACAGCUUUACCUGAUGGCCGUGGCCACCACCAGCCUCUGCCGGGGUUUGGUGGUUUCACCGGCGGCGAUGGUGGUGGUCGUCUUCAUAGUGAACAAGGGUUCGGCUUGGACUUGCAACUUAGCCUAUGA